CUCAUCAUCACGUGACUACCCGUGCCUACCUUAUCCUCUAUGGUCCGCUAAUCGCGUCUCCUCCGAGAUUCACGUUGAACACCACAUUCAAAUGACUUCCUUAUAUGCACCCUAAAUCUCCUUGUCGCCUUAUCUGGAUGCAUCAUUGUCGUCGUUAUUUUGCAUUCAAAAGGCUCGGCCUAAGGUAUCCGCCUCCUCGCGGGUGAUCGCGCACGUCCGCUCAAGGCCACAUGGCGAGUGUGAGCCGUCAUUUGCAACCAGAACCAUCUUCGUACUGGCUUCUACCCAUCGCCUACGGCCGAUGGAAGACCCAGGGUUCUGGUAAGGGGUUGGGUUGUUGAAGUGCUUGGCAUGAAUUCACUCGGCUGCCUGUCUGCGAUGACUGUUGUCGCCUCGUUCGGUGUGGCUGGGCAAGGCGUGCGGGGACGAUGCCCUCUCUAUCCCCUUUCUCCUUGUCUCUCUUGCUGUUCCCAUUAUUCGGUUCCAUCCGAUAUGGAGUCAAGGCUGCUCCUCUGCCAGAAGCCUGGGAGGGUGGGAUUCUCUGACCGUAUCGCCGGCAACAGAGGGGCAUUAGUUUUCAUCUUUUUAUUACUGACUAGGAAUGUUUCUGCCAGCUAACAUUAUAUAGGUGAUAUCGUGUAAUGUCGUCAACGGCAUCCGAUGCCGAUUCCGAUGCAGGCCCAGUCAUCAUUCCUCCAACAACACCAACCUCCAGCCCUAAUAUAGAUAUUACGGCGCAGCCGGCUGUCGUGACAUGGCAUACCUCCGACGGUGAGAACCGAUGCUUGUCAAACCUGAAUCUAGACGUGCACUAUGAUGCCCGCUCCAGCAAAGCUUUCUUUAAAUUACGCGCUGCUGUCGCCCUCAAAUCCCACCCUCGCUCGCGCAAUACUGCUGUCUUCCUCUUUAUUCACCCUGAGCGCAUACGCACACUUGUUCUCGAAGAUUCUCCGAGCGCUCCGGAAGCGGUAGCACUCGGCCCCGAGACCGUCUGCCUGCACUUUGAAUUAAAUAGAUUGCCGGCGCUGGUUGUGCCAAAAGAACCCCUUGCUCCCCGGAAUCAAACAUCGGGCAACCUGCUGGAUUCCAUGCGAGCAGUAGUUCAGCAAGCUAUUUUUUCUGUGUACACCAAAAUACCCUGCAGACUCUUACCACGGCAGCGACUAUUUGCACUAUGUGGCUCGGUGUCUCGCAACGAGAUUAAGUCUAUAACUGCCCAUAGCAAUGCUUCUAGUCUUUAUGCUGGUGCUGGAGGGAAGAUUAUUGAGGGGGAUAGUCUUUGUUCCGAAAAUAUUGUUCCUAGUGUGGGACAUGAAUCUGCAAUCGAGCCUCCCAUGGAGAACCCCCCAUCUUAUGAGGAGGUACUGCCUGCACCGCCGCCUGAAGCAGGACCUAGUCUGCACAAACGACGACGACUUAGCACCCCUGGGUCUGAAUCAGGAGCUCAUAGACGCGUAGAACGAAAAUAUAUUGAGGAUAUCUGCGCUCACAUGGUAGACAGUAAACUCAGCCAGCUUAGAGACGACAUGUCCAAGCAGCUCCGAACCUUGGAGAAUCGUAUUAUAGAUUACGUUGAUGAGCAGCUUAUCUUGCAAAGACAGGAAAUCACAGAGGAUCUUGGUGUCCAGACGGAAGAUAAGUAUUACGGACUAAAGUUGGACCUCCAGAAUUAUGUCCGUGAGGAGGUAGAGGAGGCUGAAGGUCGAAUCUUAGAUAAUUUAAGUACUGCUAGCUUCUCGUUACAAUUAAACUCAUAGA